AUGAUGCCUUCAGUGAAACCUGUGUGGACUAACAUCAUUGGGGUGCCAUUCCAAGCAGCGAUUGUGGAUUCCAGCCUCCUGGUCAACCCCCCUGAGCAUGAUGUCUAUGGUAUUCGCCAGCUUGUUCUGUCUGUGCACCCUCUCCGUUUGUUUGGGAAGCUGAAAAAGUCCUUGAUUAAGGUGAUCCUGAUCCUUACCAAGUAUUAUCACACUGACAUGGGGAAAGUCCUGGAGAGCUCUUUGUGGAGGUCCUCAGAUUUUGGGACAUUAUACACAAAGUUGAAUCUACAGCCUGGGAUUUCCACUGUUAUUGACAAUUUCUACAUUUGUCCCACCAACAAGAAAAAGAUUAUUCUUGUAAGUUCUUCCCAUAAUGACCGUGACCAAAGCCUUUUCAUAAGCACGGAUGAAGGAGCCACCUUCCAGAAACAACCCAUUACUUUCUUUGUGGAAACUCUCCUUUUUCACCCGAAAGAAGAAGAUAAAGUACUUGCUUACACCAAGGAAGGCAAGGUUUAUGUAUCCAUUGACUUGGGGAAAAAAUGGAUCCUUUUGCAGGAACGAGUUUCAAAAGAUCAUAUUUUUUGGGCUGUUGCUGGAGUUGAUGGAGACCCUGAUUUAGUUCAUAUGGAAAUCCAGGACCCCAGUGGAGGUUAUCGUUACAUCACUUGCCAGAUUCAAAAUUGCUCUGAUAAGACAAUGACAGUCCAGUUUGCUGGUGGCACUGAUCGGGAUUCUUUGACUGUGCAGGAUGACUACAUAUUUCUUCAGACAACAUCAGCAAAUCGGACCAAGUAUUAUGUGUCUUACCGUCGCAAUGGCUUUGUACAGAUGAAGUUGCCAAAAUAUGCAUUGCCAAAAGAUUUACAGAUAAUCAGUACAGAUGAAAACCAGGUAUUUGUGGCUGUUCAGGAGUGGUACCAGACAGACACGUACAACCUGUACCAGUCUGACCCACAAGGUGUUUACUACUCUAUCCUGCUGGAGAACGUCCGGAGCACAAAGCAGCCAGAAGAGAAUGUCCUGAUAGAUAUUCUGGAGGUCAGAGGUGUAAAAGGAGUCUUUCUGGCCAACCAGAAAAUUGAUGGGAAAGUUACAACUCUGAUAACCUACAACAAAGGCCGUGACUGGGAUUUUCUAAACCCUCCAGACAUGGAUAUGAAUGGCAAACCGACAAACUGCAAGCCUCCUGAUUGCUACCUUCACCUCCAUCUCCGCUGGGCCGACAAUCCCUAUGUAUCAGGAACAGUCCAUACGAAAGACACUGCACCGGGGCUCAUAAUGGGGGCAGGUAACCUGGGGUCCCAGCUGGUUGAGUAUAAAGAAGAGAUGUACAUAACGUCUGACUGUGGGAAGACAUGGCGUCAGGUCUUUGAAGAAGAGCAUCACAUCUUGUACCUGGACCAUGGUGGAGUUAUUGUGGCCAUUAAGGACACCUCUAUCCCUCUGAAAAUACUCAAGUUCAGCAUAGAUGAAGGCCAGACUUGGAGUACACAUAAUUUUACCAGCACUUCAGUCUUUGUAGAUGGAUUACUUAGUGAACCUGGAGAUGAGACACUGGUCAUGACAGUCUUUGGACAUAUUAGCUACCGUUCAGACUGGGAACUGGUGAAGGUAGACUUCAGACCAUCCUUCCCCAGGGAGUGCUCGGAUGAUGACUAUGAAUCUUGGGAGCUCACAAAUCUACAGGGUGAUCGUUGCAUCAUGGGCCAGCAGAGGAGCUUUCGGAAGAGGAAGAUUUCAUCGUGGUGCAUUAAAGGGAGAAGUUUUACAUCAGCCCUCACAUCCAAAGUUUGUGAAUGUGUGAACUCCGAUUUCUUAUGUGAUUAUGGGUUUGAGCGCUCUGCACCUCUGAAGUCGGAGUCUAGCAAAUGCUUUGCUGACUUUUGGUUUAACCCAGAAGCACCUCCUGAAGACUGUGUGCUGGGGCAGGCGUACACCAGCAGCACUGGGUACAGGAAAGUUGUUUCUAAUGUGUGUGAAGGUGGUGUAGACCUGCAGCAAAACUUAGCACAGCAUAUGUGUCCAUUGAUUGCUCCCAAGGGACUUCAGAUCAGCAUCGGAGAAGAAAGCCUGGCUGUUAAGCCUGGGGAAGAUGUCACCUUCAUCGUCAGACAAGAGCAGGGUGAUAUAUUGAAUACGAAAUACCAGGUGGAUCUUGGAGAUGGCUUUAAGGCGAUCUAUGUGAACCUUACGAUGACCGGAGAACCCAUCCGUCACCGCUAUGAGAAUCCUGGGAUUUACCGCGUCUCGGUGAAGGCUGAGAAUGUGGCUGGGCAUGAUGAGGCUGUGGUGUUCGUCCAAGUGAACUCUCCACUGCAGGCUUUAAAUUUAGAAGUGGUUCCAGUUGUUGGGAGAAACCAGGAGGUGAACCUGACAGCCAUCAUACUGCCUAAGAACCCUAAUUUGACAGUCUUCUACUGGUGGAUAGGAAACAAUCUGCAGCCACUCCUUACAUUGGAGAGUUUUCUGGUGACAAGGUUUGCUGAGACAGGAGAUGUCAGAGUUACAGUGCAGGCUUCCUGUGGGAGCUCCAUGCUUCAGGACUCAAAAGUUGUGCAAGUUUUUGAUCAUUUUCAUGUUCUUCCUCUGAAGUUCACUAAGCACCUGGACAUAUACAACCCCGACAUACCAGAGUGGAGGGAAGACAUAGGGCGUGUAGUGACGCGACUUCUUGCAAAGGAAACCAAUAUACCCAAAGAAACACUCAUGACAGUCGUGAAACCUGGUCUGCCCACAACUGCUGACUUGCAUGUGCUACUACCGGCAAACCAACCAAAAAGGAAGAGAAGUGUAACUAGUGAUAAGAGAAUAGCAGCUAUAAAGCAGGCCUUGAAUGCACACAACAUCAGUUUCUUUCUGAGGGGAGGAUACUGGGUCUUAGUGACUUUAGCUGACUCCAGUUCAGACUCUCAGAGGAUUGGAGGAGGCAGCGGCUACUGGGCUAUUGUGGUUCUCUUUGUUAUCUGUCUAGUCGCAGUUGGGGCUUUCAUCCUCUACAAGUUCAAAAGGAAACUGCCAGGCAGAAAUGUCUAUGCCCAGAUGCACAAUGAAAAAGAGCAGGAGAUGACAAGCCCUGUUAAUCAUAGUGAGGACACCCAGAACAUCAUCCAGGGUGAGGAGUUUAUUGAUGAUGAUCUGGACUCUCAAACACUAGGUAACGCAAGAGUGACUCCUUCUGGGAGAAGUGGCAACUUGAACAGCUACAGAGUUCCCCUAUUGCUGAUGCCGGUCAGUGUCCAGUCCCAGGCAAUCACUCAGGCGUGGUUUUGAGCAUCAACUCCAGAGAGAUGCACAGUUACCUGGUUAGCUGAUAUUUACAGCUGAACAUAAAAAAACGAAAGACUCUUCUCUGUAUCAUUUUAUUUUUCCCUGGUGAUGUCACAAAAUUGCAAAUAUGGCUGUAAAUGCUGGUGGAGAGGAGGUUCCUUAUCGGUCCUGUGGAAAAAUGUGUCCAUCAUCAGUUACCGGGGAAGAAGGAUAAUACAUCUUGUGUUCACUCUAUGGCCUGGGAACUUGUUAUGAUUGAAACUCAAACUAUGGUAGCAGAUUUGUAGCCCUAGGCACCUUCAAUGCCACCUUCUUUCUUUUCUGUAUGUGUUCUUUAUGUUUAUUUUUAGAAGGAUUGACUGUAACUUUUUAACUAUAUUUUUAAUUGAGGUAUUCAGCAGAAGGCUGGAACUCUUCAGCCUGAAAAGGUGAUUUUUACAAAAGCGACUAGACCAGAACAGAUGGUUGGUUGAUCACAAUGACAUUUUUUUCAGGAGGCUGAGUGUUUCUGUACUGGGAGAGGACUGAGCAAGGAGAUAAAUGCACUCCUAGUACAAACUCUUAGCUUAAACUUGUGUGAGACAAUCUAAUGAAUUUAGGUUUAGGCCCUUCUGUGGAUUAAAAGAAGUAAAGUGUUAAUUAUCAUAAUAUAGGAUAAUGCUCUUGUAAGUGUAGCAAGUCCUGACAAACCAUCAGCACCAGUAUCUCCCCCAAUCCCACCCCACGUGAAAGAAAAACACCAGCUUGAUGCUGUUUCCAGACCAGGUGCCUUCACUUGUGGACAGUCAUUUCAGUUUCUCUUUCUGGUCUCUUGAGCAAGCACCUCUAGGACGAUGGCAGCUGCCAGAUGAGCUAUCCUCUGAAACCCUGUGCUGGAGGCCUGUCUCUUUUUAAAUUUCCAGAGAGUGUAAAUACCUCUUUUAAGUUGCUUUCUUUGUAUGGUUAUUUUUUAAAAACUUCCUGUUAGGGCAGAGGUGCCGGGUAGGUCAGAGCUCUCCCCUGGGCAGGACUGGGCAGCGCACCGCCAUCCCCUUCCCACCCGCAUCCUUCUGUGGGAUUUUCCCUGGCUGUUUGCCCUUGCAGGCAGGGGUGGGCAAACUCUUACCUGACCUUUGCCGCUCAGGUUGGUUUGACAAUCUGGAGGGCCAUGAUGGGCUGUGAUUCAGGGGUUCAUAUUUCCUUUCCAUCACGACAGGGUGUCAUUGAGUCCUUACGGCCUCAGGCCCCUAUUUCUCCAGGGAGGGUGGUUUGGCUUCUGAAGGAGCUGCCUGCAGAAAAGCUUGUGAGUCAGAUCAGAGUUUCCUAAUCCCUGUUUUGUGAGUUGGGUCAGAGUUUCCUUGUCCUGAUCUCUGGAUCACUAGGGAGAAGGCGGUGGGGUGAAUCCACAUCUGGCUGGUCUUUUCCCUGGGGUUUAUGGAGCUGUAUAGGAAACGGACAGUGGUGUGAUGAGUUUAAACAUCUGGAAUCCUAUGUAUCACAGCUGCCUGGAAUUAGGAUGCUUCUCUCAGAAACCUAUAUAAUCUCUUCACUUUUUGCCUUUGAUAGAGAAUAAAUAGCUCUUUACUCACUGAAUGUCAUACUGAUGCUAGUGACAAGCUCGCACACCACCUUGCUUAAGGAGGAUACAGAUAGCUAACUGCAUCUUUCUGAAUAAGCAGACAGGAAAUAACAAAUGCUGGUAAGGUAAGAAAGAACUCUUAAAAUUAUUGUAUGCAUUCCAUAUAGCUGUGGAUAUCCUAGAGCAUAUUGUCAUCAAAUGCAUUGGACUGGGAUGCAAUGAUUCAGUGUAGUACUGUAGGCUCUCUCAAACCCCACGGGAUGCAUAUGUAAAGCACAAGAAAAUCUAGAUUAUGAACUUACUGUAAGGAACUAGGUGGAAAAGUUUAAGUGAAGAUUUUGAAAAGUGCUUGCAAACUCCUCAGGAAAUUAAUUUCAAAAAUUGUUCCAAAAUUUCUGCCUAUGUAGUCAUGGAGUGCCAUGCAAACAGAUUUCCAGAGAAGCAAUGCUCUAGCUGACUGUUAUAUGCCAGGCUGUGUAGAAAUCCAAGGUGUUACAUGUAUCUGAGUCUGGGUUUCUUGAAGAGAAGUGAGCAUAUAAAAUGUGCUGUGCAUUGGAAACUCUUGGUAUCGUUGCACCAGAGGCUCUCCGUCCUCACUAGCCCUUUAUGCUUUCGCUAAUGGAAAUGAGCUGGAACAGAGAAUAAAAUAGUAUUACAAACAGCUUACCUGUUCCUGUGAAAUAGAACUGAAGUGGGUUAUUUAUAUAGGGCAGGUGAUAGCGGAUUAGCCUCAUGGAUAAGGGAUGGGAUAGAAGUUCUAGCAGGGGUUGUUCUCCCAUGCUUCAUCCGAUUGGCAAAGGGCACUGUUGGAACGAGGUCACACAUCUAAUUUAUGCUUUAACAGCUACUUCUAUACAUUUAAUACAGGGUGGUUUGUGUCUCUGAUAACAGGAGUCUUUUGGAACGCCGUAGAAUAUUUAACUGCUUGGUACUCUAAUUAACACUUAGCACAAUAUAGUACCUGUAAUAAUUUUUUUCAAUGGUUAUUAAUUUGAUUCAUGCAGCACUCCUGUGAGGUUGGUUUGUCAUAUCUUAAAAACACUGUUUUCUAAAGAGUUGUCAGUAUUGCCAUAACUGUAUUAAUAAUAACCAGCAGAUAAUAAAGGAAACAUUUUAUUCCCUGGCAAGAAUAACUUUUAAAUUAAUUAUUUUAAAACUGAGAAAAUACCCUACUGUUUUUCCAUUCAUGGUGUCUUGAUUUAUCUUUAAAUGAAGUCUCACUAGUGCUAAGUUUUGCAUCUCUUGAAUUAGAUCCAUGACAUCUUAGCAUUUUAUCCUUUAUAUGUAUCUAAAAUCCUAUACACGUGUAUACUGAAACACAGAGUUGUUUGUAUGCACAACUGCUAGUCACACAUGCACGCACACACCCAUGCAGUAUUUGUACAUUUUCCAGUUAAAUUUGUUAGUGAGGAAGGGUGAUUUGAUGGCUGAGAAACAGGAGAUGGCUGUCAGGUACCUGGAUUCUGUAGCCAGACUUUGGGCAAGUUACUUAACCUGUAUGUGCCUCAUUUUCCCCACCUAUAAAAUUGGGCUGAUAGCAAUUACCUACCUCACAGGGGUACUGUGAGGCUAAAUGAAUCACUGUUUGGUCAGGAUUUUCAGAGUGAAAGAAUUUUGUGAGCAUAUAUUAUUACUUUUGCUUUCUUUGCUUUACUUGUAAUUAUCACUGUUAUUAAAGGUAGUUUACUGAAACCAGAUGCAAUUAUAUAUAAAAGUAAAAAAUGCGUAAUCCAGAAAAGGUACAUCACUGUUUAAGAAACAAACAAAUAAAAAACAAAAAAAACCUCCCCAACCUGUUAUUGGAACCUAUUGUUACAUGGUAGCAUUUAACUAAGCUACACACUAGUGUCUUAAACUUCCUUUUCUGCAGUGUUAUUUGGUCAAAAGCCUUAUAAUAAUGGGUACAGUAAUACUUAUCAGCAUUUAUAAUGAACCGUACUGAAACCAACAAAACUGGUGGUGUAUUGGCCUCAUUUACAUCUUUUGACCUUCUUAAACUCUUACGUAUUUGCAAUUCCAAAACCACUCUGUAGUUUUCGGAGUGCUCCAAGCAGUACCGAUUUGAAGCAUUCUAGCAGAGCCAUCAAGAUUUACAGCUGAUAUAUUUGCUUUUGCUUUUGACAUUGAAUGUUUUAUAUGUCUUUAGAAUGGUCCAUUCAUAUAAAGUGCUCAGAAAUGCUCAGAAGACAUUUAGGGAAAAUCCACACAUAGUGUAAAUUAAUUUCUCAAAAGUAAAAGCAAUAUAAACCAAUAUAUGUUUUUAUACCCUGUAGAAGAGGGUGGUGGAAAUGACUGAAGAAAUAGAAGGUGCCAGCCUGAGGCAAGAUGUUGUUAUCUCCAAUUCACAUCCAAUUUCUUUGAACAGUUUUAGGAUAUUGUCUUUGAAUUAUAUCCUUCUUGAUGAGUUUCCCCCUCCUUGAUGAGUGACCGGUGUAAAGAGGAACACAGUUUUUAUUCAUAUAGAGUAGAUGUCUCUGGACAGGGAAAUCAGUGCUUUGCCAUUGGUAGUUCCUAGCAGAAAGCAGGUUUCAUCUGACAUGAUUAUGAUGGAUAGUUGUGUUUCAGGUCCAAUGAGACAUUCCUCUAGAGGGAAUACUCUAUGACUGCAUGCUGUCUCUUUAAUAGAGGUCAGCAGCAUGGAACUGCAGUGAUUUUCAUCUUCCUUCCACAAAUGUGUGCUCAAAAAAAUGGGGUUUUAAAAUUAUUUCAAGCAUAUACAGUAACUUUUUUAUGAUGAACCAGUGGUUCUGAUAUGAAUUUCUUUCAAUUUCUAGUGUCGUUUCAAGUCGAAUACAAUGUUGCCUGGUUGAUUGAAUUGAUGACAAUUUCAGUCAUAGUUUUUUUCCUGUUUCCUGUAAAACAAUGUUUUGUAAUUUUUUAUUAAUGAGGCUUUGGGGGAAAAGAGGGAUUAAAAUUUUUAUUUCAUUGCAGAAUCCCUGACAGUUGGAGUUGUUAUUGUAUAUUGAUUGAUACCGUUGUAUUGUUUCCAUCUUCAUUUUUAUUUCAGAGUUUUAGAUGAAAGUAAGUAAACAUUUCUCUCAAAAUAUUGGCUUUCCGCCAGGAAGAAGUGUAUAAGCAUUUACCUUUAUAAAUAUUGAUUUCUGCAAUGCUAAAUUUUGUUCUGUCUUCUAAGUCCAACCAAAAAGCUGCUUCCUGGUUCAUUUUCUCUGUUUUAGUCCCAAUUGCACAUUGCCUUUAGAACUGUCUUUAUGAGACUGGUAUACUAGACUACAGUCUUACUAGUCUGAGAAAAUCUUUCUAAAAACUUCCAUUAGAAUAGCAUUCAAUUGCCUAGAAGUAGUUACAGGAUCUGCCCAGACCAUGUUCCUAAUGUCAAGUCUAUAUUUUUAUGUUCCUUAUUUCCUUUCAUUAUUUCAGUGUUAGCCCCCUCAGUGCCAUUUAAAUGCAUGUUUAUUCCUGUUGUGGAUGUAUAUGUGAUGUUUUUUACUUAUUUUCAGGCUAUAAUCUGAAUAGUGACAAAUUUUGAAAUAACUCAGACCCCCAGUUAGCUUUUGCAAUUAAGAACCUGGCCUUGCAGCCUUUGGGAACUGUCAGGCUGUGCCCUCUUAAUUAUUUAAUCUUUUUUCCUAAAUCAGCCCUUCCACCCAGUGGAUCACCUCGGAAGCUUUUCUUCCAAUUCAUUUUGUAACCUCAAGCUGGAGGGAACGCAGACGGGUUUCGCAAUGUUGAGAUGGACUAGAAUGGGUCACUUCCAAAAUCUGAACAGGAAUGUCUGUGGACAAAGUUUUUAUUUUUCCAUUCUUUUCAAGUAUGUUAGCAUGCUGCAGAGAGGAUUAUACAUACCAUCAGAGGAAUAAGGACGAAUAAUGGUACUAUAGGAUGGUGUGAAGAAUAGAGAAUACAUUCUUCCUUUCUUUUUUUUUUUUUUCUUUUAUGAAACUGAUAUGUACAGCAAGUUAGUUUCAUUAUUUUUAAUAUGUGAGAUGUCAUUUCUUUAAGUCUUUGGCCCUGGCCUUUUUCAUCCUGUUAAAUGGAGUAGCAAAUUACUUAAAAUAUGAAUUAUGGAGCCAUGUAUGUCCGAAUGAGAGAUUUUCAUUCUUUUCAUGUCUUUUUUUUUUUCUUUUUUUUUUUUUUCAUAUGUGAGGCUUGUCAGAAUUACUAUUUUCAGCUAGUUAAUGUGCUGGUAGCUGAGAUGAUCUUCUCAGUAUCCGAGACAAGAAGUCCUGCAAGGCUUAGUAAUGCAUACUCUGAAGUGCAACUAUAGAACUAUGUAAAUAGUGCUAGGCUAUGAACAUGCUGGACAAAACAAUCUUUAUCAAAGAUCUCUUACAGUUUCUAUUAAAAUCCCUUUUUUUAAUAGUCUCUCUAAAAGUACAUGUUUUUAAUUGCAUACUCUUUGUCUCUCUCUCCUUCUGGAUUGAUUUUCUUUUAGGAGUGACAUUUACUAGUUCUGAAAAAAAGUGGAUUCUUUCCCUUACACAAGUAAUUCUGUUUAAAAUUAUUUCCUUGCAUUACGCAAAGCUGAGCUUUAUUGAUUGGACUUGAUUUCUGAGUUUCUGUAGAAUUUGCAUCUCUAUAUUAAUAUGUUGCAAUAGAGUGGACAUAAAGUCCUGUUGGGCAGCAAUAAUACAUGUGGCAGUGCAAGGUGCUACUUAAAUAAUAUACCUUUGUUGCACAUAUUUUUAGUGGUAUAAUGAGUAUGUUAAUCACCAUGAAGACCAGGUGUUCCAAAUAACUUUCUUAGCAUGUCUUAUAUUCCUAUGUAUUUAUUGCUAAUUUUAGCCAGCUUUUAAUACUUAUAUUUAGUUCUUACUGACAACGUCUGCUCUUGCAGAUCAAAGGGCAAGAAUUAGCUUAUUCUCUUUUUUAAAAAUAGUAUUAGUUCACAGCAUUUGCAUAUUAAUUAAAACAGUUUAUAAAGGAAUUUUUUCUGAAAUGGUGAAAGAGAUGCUUUUUAAUGAGAACAGCUUAUAUAGGAAAACAGGAGACUUGUAUGCACUUGGUUUUUGAGACAUUCUUGUUAUGGAUUGUGAGUGGGCUGGACUAUGCAGGAGUUGUACACCCCAAAUAUCAGUAACAUGCACCUAGGCAGUUUCCAAGUGAUAAAACUAGUCUAAAGGAGAAUAUUUUAAUACACCACUUACAUGUGUGUAAAAGCCCCUUCACAGAAGGGCUUUUAAAUAGUUAAGAUUACAGAAUAUCAUCACAAAUUUGGGAAGGUGCCCAAUUCACUGGCUCCAGUUGCUGUUAAAUACACUCCUGUCUCUCUUUGGGGUUCAUCUUUUGAGAUGCUGAAAGUGAAGUGGCUUGUGUUGUGUAAUGCUUCCAACCUUUUGCUAAGUAAUUGGUGACACUUCAUAGAAAAAAAUAUCUGAAUUUCCAUUCUCUUCUGUUUCUCCUUCUUUCUUCCUGGCUCCUUUUUUGUCCUUUUGUUCUUUUUCAUUAUUGCUGCUGUUUGUUGCUCUGCCUUGCCUGCCUUUUCCUCCUGAUGACAGUUCUCCACCGUCCAUUUUUUUCUUCCUUGCUUUUUGUUUUGUUUUUUAUUCUGCUUCUAUCUAUAUUUUCAUUUGGAUAAACACCCUACUAUGUCCUGAGUGCUUCAUGAGAAGAAGAAUCAUGAUUUCUUCCCCAUCCCUGUCUGAGCUCUGCUGUGUUAUCUGGCUUGAUGUAGGUCCCCUGUGCUUUGCCCCUCUGCAGUCUUUUCUUCCUGAUUUUUUCCCACUUUGGUUCUUUUACUCUUUCUUUAAAUUUUGUCUCUCAUUUUCUCUAAACCUUUCUGGCACUCUUCCCUUUAGCCUUUCCAGGAGUUCUUGCAGCACCUUGUCCCAGAAAGCACAUACUUAGUCUGAGAUGUGGAUGAAUAUUGUACUCCCUGGAGGAAUAAUAAACUUAUAACUAGCAUUUUCUCUCUCUCAUCCAUGUAUAUAUUGUAGUGGAAAAUACAUAUUUAAUUGACAGACAGCUAUACCCAUUACCAGCAAUUCUGCCUCAUUUCAGGUUAUGGGGAUGAGACAUGGUGUUUGCAUGAGCUUCUUGGAGCUCAGCGAGGGCUGCCUUGCUUUGCCAGCCCUUCAAACUGGCAGAUGCAGAAUUGCAGCAAGGUUGGGCAGGGACACCUGGCCAGACCAUUAGGCUACAUCUGCUUUUCAAUAUGGGAAAUACUGAGUCCCAGGUUAGUACAUCACUUUAAGAUAAAUUGUUAAGAACCUGAAGCUGAAGAAUAGGUGAAAUAAAGAGGGUCCAUUGCUAAUAGAGGAGCAGGACCAGGGAUCAUUCCUCUUGGGAGAUGUUUGACUUUGUCAGAUUUGUGGGAAGGGUCUAUAUGCAGAUAUUCCUGGAGGCAGAGGCAAGUGCCUUGCUUUCAAGUUCCAUAAAAUACAAAUUUUAGCGAAGACAUCAUGUAGGUUUGGCAUAAUCUUCUUAUUGGGGGAGUGUGGAGAAAUUGAUGAGGGCAGAUAAUUGAAAAGCUCAGCAGCAUCUUUGUAGGGUAGAGCUUGUGUUAGAGAGGAAGUGUAUGUGAGAAAGAUGCAGGACAGAGGGGAGCACAAGACUAAACAGGACAGAGAAAAGCAGGGAGAAACUCAGUGUUACCUGUGUGUAUUAUUUUGCCACGAGUUGUUGAUUUAAUUUUGCUUAACCCUUGGAUCUUACUUUAAUUCGUGAUGGCCACUAUUUUCAGUUUUGUUGGUUGCGUACAGCGAUGUUACACUAUAAGUCUAAAUUGAUGUAGAACCAGGAACAUGCGAAAUUCUCAGCAUUCUACCUAUAAUUUAAGAGGGAUCUGACUCACAGCAAUAUCCCCCUUGAGGUAGAUGGGAAAGAGGUUGCUUCCCAGGAGCCAUGAUGCAUGUGUGUGUGGUCCAGAGGUAGCUCCAAUGGAGGUUUACUUCUGAGAUAAUUUUAGGGCCUUUGUUAAUGGUGUUCCUCCUUACCUCAGCACUGAGCUAGGAGGCAAGGGAGAAGAAUUAUUUUAUAGGGUCUGAGUCUUGGUUUUAUACUGCUUAAAUGUAAUUUGCCAGAAUCCCUCUAUGAGUUGUAAUUUUAUAAUGUUUAGAGAGGAUGAAUGGAGUUGGUAUAGUAUUCCUGAGGGUAAACACCAGCCACUGGAGUUUACUGAGCAUGUGACUAGAAAUUUUAAUUUUGGGAACACAGAGUUCCUCCAUUUCAUAUAUACACCAGACAUGAGUAUAGCUCCUUUUUUAUUUGUCACUGACAAGCUGUGAUUUAUUUCCUCAUGGGUGUAUGUCAUGGGCUGUGCUUGCUGCAGUGCAGAAGGCUCUGGAGGGAAAACGUAAUCGAAUGGAGAAGUAUACUUGAAUUCUCCCCUCUUGAUCCCAGUCUCUUCUGAGUUGCUUUUCUCUGAUUGUGGUUUUGCCAGUAUGCUGGCUUGAUGUCAAAAGGGGAUUAAUUCAUUUUUGUUCUCUUCUGUGUGGCUGAGAAAAAAAAAAAAACACAAGGAAAACUUUGCAGAGGAGUAGCGGAUUGGAAGAGGUGGGGAACUUGAUCAGCUGGCAGGAUGCUUUGGGAAGCUUCCACUGUUGUGCUUUACUUACCACUUAUUUUUACAAAUAUGUACAGCAACUGUGACUUACCUUUCCAUUAACCAUUGAUAUAUUUCUUUGCAAAAGGAGAGGUGGUUCUAAAGGAUGUCACAGUAGUGUGUUGCAAGUGUGGUUUUAGGAGACAUCAAGUAUCACCCUUCCUCACCUAAAUGAAAUUAUCAUAAUAUCAUUGCUCUGUAUUUAUGAAGCUGCACUAGGAAUAUCAAUUCACCUUGGAUUAAGUAUUGGAGGAAGAUUUGGAGAGAUAAUCAGAGUUGGAAUGGUAGAAUUUUUCAUUUUGAGAAUAAAGGAUGAGUACUGGCAUAUUUACAGUGCAUCUGUGGCUGUUUCAGCACAGGUGGAUCCGAAAUCUCUCAUUCCAAACUCGGACAGAUAAAUCAUAUAGAUUUUGCUGGCAUUACCCAUGUAAACAAAAGGAGAACAUAUUUGCCAUUAAACCAAGCCCAAAUCAUAUUUUUUGGCUAAUUAGACCUACAGCUCUUGGUAAAGAUAUGAAAGCCAUUAAACUAGUCUUGACAUAUUUGUGAAGAUUCACAAAGCAUUUCUCGCUACCCUGUUGUUCAUGUGGAGCAUUGUUAAUUUGGCAUUGCAGAGCCAAAUUCUACCCUAAUUUAUGACUGUGCAGUUCCACAGACUUUGUCAGUUCAGCUUUGUGUUAUGGCAGAAAGGUUCCCACCCACAGUGAAUUAGAAAUGUAGCUGCAGGCUAAGAUCAGUUGUCACGUCGCUGCAUCUGUACUCACGCAGGUGAUGGGCUGAUUUUCACCUGUCAUUCUUAUUCCUGUGGUUAGCAAGAGAGUAGAACCAAGGCAGAACUUAGUUUUUGAACAACUUGCAACUGUUUUUUCCAGAAUAUGAUCAGCAAAUGCUUAGCACUGUGUUUCUGACCAGAUUGCUGACAGAGGAGCCCGUCCAACCUGUGUAAAGGCUCCUGGCAGGCAUUGGUAUGCUGUAGUCCCUAACUUUAACACACAUACUACGCUGUCCUCUCCUUUUGCCUUUGCACACUCAACUAAUUGUGAAAACAGUACAUGCCUUUUCCUAAUUUUGUUUCAGGAGACCUUGACUUUUGAGGAGGUUUCUUUGUAUACAUGAUCAGGGCUCAAGGGAAGAAUGGAAUCAAUCCAUAACUGGUGCGUUGUCAUAAAUGGGGAAAAAUGUUAUUUGUAUAUUUUUGUAAAUAUGUAACAUUUAAUGGCAGUUUUGUAGUGACGUGCUGUUUUUGAGAAAUAAAAAAAUCAAAUAUAUGUUUGAAUAUGCUUAAUGUAACACUUAACUGUGAUUCAAUUGCACAAUUAAUAGCUUAAUCAAAAGUCUUGUGCAAUAUGUAGUGCACACACAUAACCAAGUAUCUGUUAGUGAUCCACGACCAAGUUUUUGGCAACUCUUAACGAUGGCGAUGAACUGUGCAGUACAGUUUAUCAUGGUCUCUUUCAGCUUCCAAACAUGUAGCAGGCAAACUACUGUAUACGUACCUGUGUACUCCACUGCAUCCAAAGGUAUGCAUUUGUCCUGAGAACCUGCACUACAGGUUUUUCUUUAAUAAAAUUUGGUUCUGAA